AUGAGGCCAAGGGGUCCUAUUUAUAGGCUUGGAGGGAAGCAGGUGGUGAUCUCCUUGCUUCAGGAAUGGCACCUCUCCCUUGUGUGGAACCAAUGGCGUGAAGACACCCUCCAGCAGCUUGGACCAAUCAUAUCCUUCCAUGACAAUGGCACCUUCCAUUGCUGCUGGUGUCGCCUCCUUACUGGUUUAGACCAUUCUUAUCAUCUCCAAGUAGCUGGUGUCGUCAUCCCAUUGCUCCAUCCGCCUCUUUCCUUUCGAGGAGGGUUUCGUACGUUUCCUCUUCCGGAGGGUUUCGUCCCCGUCGUGCUUGAGAAUUAA